AUGGAGAGUAUUUUAUUUGAUCCUGAUCUGGCAGAGUGGUUAAAGAAAAGGAUUGCCAGAUUUGAUAAAGCUGAUAAAGCUAGUAAUAAUGAAUCAUUAGAAGAAAAAUAUGACCAGAAACUUGUAGAAAAUUUUGGCGAAUGUCCACGUUGUAAGCGUGAAAACUCUGCCAAAAAUUGGUGUAGACCGUGUGCAAAAGAUAUUUAUUUUUCACAAUUACCGGAAGAUAUAUUUGGACAUUUAAUUCGUUCAAAAAGGGAAAAGCAUUUUGAUCAUAUGGUUUCGAAAGUUAAUGAAAUGUUUUCGGAAGCUAAUAAAAUGUUUCUAGUUGAUCCACAUAUUUCUGAAAUGUUUUCGGAAGCUAAUAAAAUGUUUCUAGAAGUUGAUCCACAUAUUUCUGAAAUAUUUCAAAAUAUAAGAUCUAACUCAUUUAAGAAUGAAAAUUACUAUGUGCAUUGUAGCAAAUGUGGCAAAAAUGUUCGCAUAGGUAUACGUAAGCUCGAGAAAAAAGACGAUAAGGAAUUUUGCAGCGCUGAUUGUAUGAAUGAAUAUUACAUGGAAGAUAAAAUGGAAAAUAAAUAUUUUAAUGCAUUAUUUACAGGUGAUGGAAUGUCUUUAGGAGUCGAAUCAUUUAUAGAAUACAUUCCCGAAGAAAGAUUUCAAAAUAAAAAGUUUAUGUCUAUGGGUGGUUUCGCUAAUAUAUAUACUGCAGAAUGGAUGGAUGGACAAAUUGAAAGUAUAGACUUUAAUAAAUCAAGUAUUAAAAGAAAAGGUCCUCAACUUGUUGUAUUAAAGACCAUACCAGACGACAUUGUGGGGUUUGAUGAGGCGUUCCGUCAAUUUGCCCUUAAUACAUAUAAUAUUUGUGCAAGAUCUUUUGGAAUUUCAUACUUUAAAUCUUUAAAACAAGUUUUUCUUGUCAUGAAAUUAUAUGAGGAAGAUGCAAGAUCGUUAAUUGUUCGAGAUUACUGGAAACUCCUUUGGUCUCAAAGGCUUAAGUUUUUAUGUAGUCUCAUUUUUGAACUUUCAGGCAUUCACAAUGAAGGGAUCAUACAUGGUGAUUUACAUACAAAAAAUAUAUUUCAUGACGAUGAUAAACUUAUUAUUGCAGAUUUUGGAUUAUCACCAUUCGAUCAAAAUCUCGCGUUAGACAUUUGUCUAGGAUUACGUCCAGAGAUUCCAAAAGACACACCAUUAUCAUAUGCUAAAUUAAUGACUCAAUGUUGGGAUUCAAAUCCAGAUAAACGACCCAUUGCUUAUGAAAUUCUUACAAAUAUUAGCCGAUUAUUACAUAUUUUAAAUGAUUUCCUUAGAAUUACUCUAAAAAAAUUCAAACUCUUGGAAGUUCAAGAUUUCCUUGAUGAUGAUAUAUUUAGAAUGACAAGACCACCUCCGGAAAAUAUAAUACAGAAUCCUGAAGAGUCAAUUUUUAGCAAAGAAUUUAAUUAUUCUGAUUUUAUUAAGCAAAAUUUGAACUCUGAUUCAUU